AUGGUGGGAAACGAAAUGAAUGGACAGAGUAUAAAUGAUAUGAACAAAAUAAACUCCUUGAAAUCAGAGGAGGUUAAGAGCAAGGAGGUCGUACAUUACGCUAAGGAGGAUUCCGUUCAGGGUGAGAGGGUGAAGUUUGAGGGUUUGGAUGGAGAUAGUAUAUUGUCUGUGGACGCGAGGAAUGAUGGUUUGCCGCCAAUUCCUGACGGCGGGUGGGGCUGGGUAGUUGUUUUCUCAGCAUUCCUGGUAUCAGCCUGCGCUGACGGCUUAGCGUACUCCUUUGGCAUAUUACACGAGGAAUUCAUAGCUUCCUUCAAUGAAUCCCAGUCGAAGACGUCUCUGAUCGGCAGUUUGUUCAUAUCGAUACCCUUGAUAUCUGGACCCAUCAUGAGUGCUUUAGUUGAUAGGUAUGGUUGCAGAGUAAUGACGAUGGCUGCGGGCGUCAUAGCCACACUUGGUUUUCUUUUGGCUGCGUUUUGUAAUUCAGUGGAGAUGCUGUGUCUCACUCUGGGUGUUCUGAGCGGUUUGGCGAUGGGAAUCUUUUAUGUGACGUCAGUCGUGGCUGUUGCGUUUUGGUUUGAUAAAAGGAGAACUUUAGCUGUUUCUAUAGCUUCUUGCGGAAUCGGUUUCGGGACGCUUAUAUAUUCUCCGCUGACGGAUUUAUUGAUUCAAAUGUUCGAUUGGCGGAAUACUCUAGUUUUAUUAGCGGGGACGGUGUUAAAUAUGUGUGUAUGUGGUGCCUUGAUGAGGGAUCCUGAAUGGUUGAUUAUAAAGGAAUACAGAGAGGCUAAAGAAGCCAAAACAAGAUCAAGAAGAUCUUCGAGCGCGGGUUCGAUUUCGUCCAAAUCACUUGGUGGAGAAUCAGCGUAUUUGAGUGCUGACGAACUUAAUGAGUUAUUGAAGUGUGGGAAGAAUCCGGAAUAUAUAUUAGCGCUUCUCACAACUUCUUUGGCGGAAGCGGAACAGUUAGAGGCUACCACUCAAAUGAACGCCAAACAGUCAUAUAAAAAAGUACAUUCUGAUAUUCAACUACCUACAUUUAUUCAGAAACGGGAGAAGGUUCCAGCGGAGGUUUUAGAAAAAUUUAUGAGCAACAAACGCCUUUACAACAUAAUCCUUCAAAACUAUCCCGAUUUAUUAACGCGGAGACAUUCCGAAGAGAAUAUACACGUGGAACCUCACAUGCAAAAUCUAACCGAACCCGCGACCAUGAAAGUCGCUGUGAUGGCCAAAAAACCAGUAGAUACUAGCCAAGAACAGACAAAGAAGACGAUACCGAAAAGCGAAACGGCUCACCAGCUCGCGAAGACGAACCACAAAGAACAGAAAGACGGGAAACUGGCUAACAAAGAUCAUAUCGACAAACCUAUACGUAAAGAUGCGUCUAAGCCUAUCAUACAAGAAAUUGGUUGGCUAACAAGGCAUAUUAACACAGACCACCACUACCUCAGAGACGUACCGCUGUAUAAGAACACUAUCAUGCAUCGAGGAGCCAUGAUGAAUAUCCCUCGAUACAAGCUCCGAGCGUCCUCAUUACCAGAUAUAUACAGGAACUCCACUUGGUCCAUCUGGUCAGGCUCCGAAGACGAAAAGCGUUGGUACGACCGCGUGUUGGACGGCUUCAAGUCAACCUUCAACUUCAAGAUGUUCUCCGAGUUCCACUUCUUCAUGUUCAACGUGGCCACGCUGGUUCUGUUCGUCUUCUCCAUCAUCCCCUACUUCUUCCUCAAGUCUUACAUGACGGCCGCGAAUGUGGACGGCGGAGCUACUAUGAUCAGUAUUAUAGGCAUCUCUAGUGCUAUUGGAAUCGUAAUCCUGGGCUGGGCUGGCGACCAGCCGUGGUUGAAUGUCACGAAAACGUUCGCUGUAUGUCUGUUCGUAUGUGGCGCUACUAUAGCCGCGUAUCCAAUAUUCAUAACCAACUACUGGGUCUCCGCGGUACUUUCUGCUGUAUUUGGGUUAUCAUACGCCAGUACAUAUUCCUAUACUCCUGCUAUAUUGAUUGAGCUGGUACCUAUAGACUACUUCACUCUGGGUUAUGGACUAAUUCUCCUCAGUCAAGGCGUUGGACAUCUCAUGGGACCACCUCUUGGAGGUUUGUUGUAUGAUUUAACUGGUUCUUGGGAGCUCACGUUUUAUAUGGGCGGGUUGUGGGUGAUGCUGGCUGGGGGCUGCGUCAUCAUUAUACCUUACACCAAGAACAGACGACUAUUUGGAAACGCACCGCUCUUAAAAGAUGAAGACGCACACACGAGCUCGAUAAAAGUAUAA